AUGCCAAUCACCGGAAUAUACUUCAUUCCCUCCCACCCAAACACCACAACCGCCCUUCCAACCCUAACAGAGCGCCUCCGCACCGCUUACCCAGAACAAGACCUCGUCCCAGCCGGCCGGUGGGCCCUAGAACACAAACUGAUGCGCGACACUCCCGGUCUACUCCCCGCCUCACCACAGUCCAAAAAACCCCGCUACAUGCAAUUCCUCACACUAAGCCACUACCCAUCUCACGGGUUCAUCUACGCCUCUGAGCCUGCAGAGAAGCCUUUCCAUCCGCCGGCUUCUACGCCGACGCCCGCGACGCCCACGGGAGCUAAUGCCGCGGCGGAAACGUCGAUGGUUAUGACGACGGUCCCCCCGUCGUCGUACGGGACGUUAUUCCAGCAUUUCGUGUACGCUGCGCAACCGUUCUGGUGCCAUCGGUUGACGAUGGCCGUGCCGGCUGGUGUUGUGUACGAGGUUGGUGACUUCCGGGUUCGGAUGGGUGACGUGCGGCAGACGUAUCCAACUGCCCGUGUUCGGGGGACGGUUGUGGAGAUUGAGUGGCUGGGGCCGUCGGUUGUGGAAUCUGUUGCUUUAGGGCAGGAGGAUGGGGAUGAGAUGGGGUUUGCGGGGGUGGAGGAGGCGGAUGUUGAUGCUGAGUAUGCCGCGACGGCGCAGUUGAUAAGGGAGUUUUGGACGAGGCUGAGGUUUGAGGGGGCUAGGGAGGCUAUUUUGGUCCCUGGAGUUGGGAAGGAAGUUAAGGAGAAGUUGAAGAGGAGGGGAGAGAAGAAAGGGAGUAAUGGGGUUGUGACGGUGCCGCUGGUUGAGGGUGAGGAGGAGGAUCCUGACCCGUCCGCUGGGACGGAUGUUGCGAGGCAGUAUAUGGAGGUGUUGAGGUUUAAUCGGUAG